AGCAAAGUAGCAUCAGUCUAAGAUGAAAGUCGUUCUGAUGAUCGGUUUUCUCCUUGGCUUUUCCUUAGCAAACCCGAAUCCAAGUGGGCGGUCUCUGUCAUGUUCUGGUGAUAAAACACUCUUGAUGUCUAUUCGUUCCUUCCAAAUAUUUCAUUUUUUACUACAAUUGUGACACGUUCUUUAAGGUUAAAAAUUUCCUGUUUGAUUUUCCUCCUUUUUCUUUCCUUUCAGGUUUUCCAAAGCAGUUAUCAGGGAGAUUGUACAUGGUAUGUUCCAACGACAUGGAGAAAAUGAAUUAGUUGUAGUGACUGGAGUUUUCCAUCAGUACUUGAAAUAUGUUAUACAACAGAAUCACCUGAAAGUUGUUCUGUUUCGUCACCAUCUAAAUCUUUGUAAAGAGUCAGUCAUAUUAAAAUAAAAUUGUUCGUCUAUUUGGCUAUUCGUUUUUAAGCUUAUCAUAAUAAUAAUCAUCAAGAAUUUCUUCAUUUCAGGUCAAGGUGGAUGAUUCAGGUUCAACUGAGGCACACGGCAUGACAUUCUCCAUAGACAUGAAUCUUGAACGAAUGCAGAAAAAGAUGGGCGAUAAAAUUUUAAUAAUGGACUAUAGAGAGGUAAUACUAACUCACCUUUUUUGUUUCAAUAUUGAAAGUAUUUUCAUGACACAUGUUUCUUUUGACUCACAACGGCUAAACAGAACAAAGGAAAAUGUUGUAAGAGGUUCUCAAUAGGGUUAACCGAUAGCCGUUAACCGGCCAAAAAAUUUAGUCAGGCGUAAAAAUUGACAAGAUUGAACGGUUGGUCGUGGAGAAAGUUAACCGUAAAAAAUACGUCUGGUGGAAACAAUGGAACGAUGUUAAUCAUUAGCCGAAAACAGGCCAAAAUUUUAACCGCUAGCCGUAAAAGCCUUUACCCUAUUGAGACCCUCUUCUAAGGAAUGAUUCGCUAACAAGCAAACUACCUGAAACCUGAGAUAAAACGUACACGGUUAACGAAGUCGAGAUGGUUUCUUUCGGUCAUCUGGAAAAUAAAUACUGGUAAAUGGCAGCAGUUUCUGACCCAAUCCCUUAAAUUUGAAUCAAAUCUAAACGAUGUCUUUUCAAUUUCGCUAUAGAGUUGGAAAUUUUAAAGUGGUAAUUUGAAUAAGACCUAAUGAUUUGGCUGUCUAAGUAUUAACCCAACAAACUUCCGCUGUAGUUUAUUUAAAAUCUUUUUAUCUACAAAACGGAUUUCUCAAUAGGGUAAGAUCUAUGAAAUAAGCCCAGACGGAUGCCAAAUUGACUCAAGUGAGGAGAAGAGUAUUCCUGAAUUUCUGGAAGACUUGCCGCUGAGUUUAGUCGCCAAAGGUUCACUCGGAUCAAAAGGAGCCUUAGUGGAACUUUAUUCCUUUCAAGAUGGUGAAGGUAAGUGUGGCAACGCUUAUUGCUUUAUGCAAGCCUGACACUCCGACUACGCACCUCAUAAAUUUGCGAUUAGGUAUUGAAAUGUCCUACCAAAUGAACUACAGAGAGGUCCUUAGGAAUUCCUUGGUCUCUCUGUUGACCUUCGUAUCUGUCCAGAAUAAAGUCAAUAUCAGCGAUGUUGGUGUCCUGAUUGGAGAUUAGCAACACAGAAUUUGAAAUUUGUAAAUUCGUUAAUAAGUGUCCAACUUGUGUUUAGUAAUGUUUGGAAUGUUGGUUUCUGCGGAGGGAAGAAAAUUGCAUGGUGAGCUCUGAGAAAACUUUUGGGAAUACUGACGAAAAUCAGCUUCAAAUUUAACCCACAUGUGACGCCAGUGGUCCGCCUCUCAAAAAAAGUCUCGAUAGCAACCGCUCCUGAAAAGCUGUCUUAUGUAUUCUGUGCUUGCAUUAAAGAUUAAGAUGGCGAAAUGGUUUUUAAAUUCAUAUUACAACCAGUUGCAAUUUGGUGGGGGAAAGCUAUAACAAUUCAAGGUGGGGAUCGAAUGUUCCAUUGUUUUCUCUUGUGCAGAUCAACUGUCGUAUAAUUUAUCGAUCUGCUCAAAAAAGGUUUUAUGUGAUCGGUUUUGUCAUAUUUAUACUCGAGAAAUAAAUAAUUGCUUCCGUUUGAAGCCUUUUAUUUUUUAAAUUUUUUUAUUUUAAAAUGCAGAGGGAGGAGUAGUAACACUAGAGUCUGGCGAUCAGUGUAUCCCAGCAAGCUAUGCAGUGAAAACAAAACAUUCAGCCAUCUCAGGAAGGUAUAGUUUUUCUAUUAAACUACCGGAUAGCUUGUAACGCCUCCUUAGAAUUUUAAAUUCUUUUAUCCAGCAAACAGGGUGUCAAGUGCAACCAAUUAAGGAGCUUCAAAGUGUUACAUUCACUUAACACCCAAUUCUAUUAAUUGUUCAACAAGGGAAUGUUCCGAUUUUCACAGGAAAAACUUUAUUACCAACGAAAAGCCGCAGUUAGAAAGAAAGUGUGACUUUUCAAUGAUAACUCAUUACCAUUUUUACAAGCACCGAAUACUUGUCAACAACGCACGUAAAGAACAAAGUGCUGGCAUGAUGUUCCUCCUCGACAGCUUAUCCACACAACACUACGCUGACCAGUUCCCGACCCUUUUAGAUUUCAGUCCUUAACACUGCUUAUCUGUCAGUUACAGAAAUUUUUUUAUUUAUCUGUGAAGAGUAUUGGGUUGCCCGUUUUCCGCCCAACUAGUUUAAUUUCUGUCCAUCAACAGGGAUUUUUCUUUCCUUGCUCCACUUAAGUAUACCAAACGGAUGCAUUUGUAACCGUUUAUUUGUUUGCUCAUAAAUUCUAAGCGGUUUAGUGACUUUAAACAGUAUGGAGAAUAUGCAUACUCAUGUUAGAGUGUAAAGGGUUAAUUAAAAAAGGCUUGUCAGAUUUCUCAAUUUUUGUCUGUUUUCUGAUUUUUCCAGUUUCCUUGACUUGAAGACCACGGUUGAUCCUGGAAAGUUGAUUAUACCAGAAAAGUGCAAGCAGGAAAUCAGUAUACGAACCUUUCCAGCGCUUUCAUGGAAUGCGCUGAGCGACGCAUUCACUCUGUUGCAGUCUCAUAUUAAUGCUCGUAAACAGGGAUUUCCCUGGAUUCUCGAGAACAAAAACGAAAGAAAAAGGGGAUUUCCCUGGAUUCUCGGGAGGAAAAAUGGACGGAAAAGGGGAUUUCCCUGGAUUCUCGGGAGGAAAAACGGACGGAAAAGGGGAUUUCCCUGGGUCAAACCAGGGAAGUUGACGAGUCCUUAA